GGUGUAGCCAAACAGAGGGCAAGAGAGAGGACUCACCCUACAAUGGAAGAAAGUUUUCGCCAGCAGCUGUUAGAGGACACCGCCUUCCUCCGAGCAGAGCAGAGGCUGGACACAGAGCUGGUGGACAAACUCAUCCUGCAGCUCAACAGGAUCUAUCCUCAGAUCCUCUCAGACAAGGAGGCCACCAGAUUCAGAAAUUUGGAUGUACCAACAAGUGUCCGCCUGGGAGAGCUCCUGACGCAUCUACAGGGGAAGGGCGAUGAAGCGUGCAGAGAGUUCUACAGAGCGCUCCAUCUGCAUGUGGAGGAGGUUUUCCACAGCUUACCCACGCGGUUACGCCUCAGAGAUUCCUUGAAUCCGAUGACAAGUUCACAGAUCCACCUACAGAGGAACGUACUGAACGACGGAGGUCCUCUUUUUUACCUAGGCUGUUUCAGCUUUGCUGUGGGAAUGGCUUUUCUCUAUUACUAUGGAGAAGCUAGACUGUCGGGAGGAAGUCGGGCUUUGGGAAUGGCGGCUCUUGGUUUGAAAAGAAAAGCAGAGGAGAUUCUUGUUUGGUACACUGACGAAGGUGUAUUGAUGUAAACGGUGUCUGCCAUCUACCUGGUGCUUCAGAGCUACAGACACUACACUAAAAAAUACUAUUUGUCUGAUAUUGUAUGUGGUAUAACUAUGCAAAGCACAUGAUAUUGCUUUUCUUGAGGGGAGAUGCAUUUGUUUCUUUGGUUACACUGUAUAUAUUGUGAAAUGUUUUAAGCCAUGAAUGCACUCAUUACUCUGGAAUGAUAUAGUGUACUUUUUUACACUUGCAUUUCUAAAUGUAUGUAACAGGGUUGAUAAAUCCUUAAUUUAAAUCUCCAUGCCUCUCACAAUAAUUCUCAAAAUAUUUAAAGCAAUUUUUAUUGGCACUUAAGUGAAGGCAUUUUAUUUUUUUGGCAAUACAACUAUAAACUAUACUAACACAUUUUACUGGGAAUUUGUAUGACAAAAUCAUAAUUAUAUAAUAGUUUCAAUAAAA